AUAGAUAACAGACACAGCUCCUUCCGGAUCCUCUUGUUGGUAUAAAUUUCUUUCUCCUUGGCUUCUCUCUCUGUUGGUUUUGGUCUCGGUUGGAGGGAGUCCAUCAAAGUUAGAAGAGAAGCCACCAUCAAGGACAGCCCUUCCCCUUCCCAUAUUUGUACGCUUCAUCUUUUUGUGAUCAAAUGUGCACAAAAGGUCAUUGGAGGCCAGCAGAGGAUGACAAGCUCAAGGAAUUGGUUGCCUGCUGUGGCCCUCAUAACUGGAACGCCAUCGCCGAAAAGCUUCAAGGGAGAUCGGGAAAGAGUUGUAGGUUGAGAUGGUACAAUCAGUUGGAUCCAAGAAUCAAUAGGAACCCCUUCACAAAGGAAGAGGAAGAACGUCUUAUUGCAUGCCACCAAAUCCAUGGAAACCGAUGGGCAGUCAUUGCCCGUCUAUUCCCUGGUAGGACCGAUAACGCUGUGAAGAACCAUUGGCACGUCGUCAUGGCUCGGAGGCGCAGAGAGCGAUCUAGGUUUCAUGGCAAAAGAGCACUUCGAAACUUCAAUAAAGAGGGGUCAUCAAAGCAAAACAAUGAGGAAGAACCUCAUGAGCUGAAAAACAUGGUUUCCUUUAUAGAGAAUUACGGUGGAAGAUAUCAGAACCACCUUGCUCUUAACGAUCAUCAUGACCACUAUUUUGACAUGUAUGAAGCAGAUAGAGAUAACUCAAUUGAGUUCCAUGAUUUCCUCCAAGUAAACAGUGAAUCUAACAACACCGAAGAUACUUCGACAAGAAAGGAGGAACAAGACGAGGGCAAGGAGCAGGAGAGUGAGGCCAAUGUUCGCUUCAUAGAUUUUUUUGCUGUCGGAUGUUCCCAAUAAUGGUUGUUAGGAAAGAGAAGUAACAUGUUUGGUGGUGAUAAAUGCACGCAUAUAUACUCUCACAUUGUGUAACAUGUUACAAAUUAAUGUAAAUGCUAUAAAAGAGGUCAGAAUUUAUUUAUAUAAACUGCUUUAUGCUA